AUAUUAAUUAUGUGAUCAAAUCUCAAUGCCCAUUUAAUAAGGGGCAGUUUAGUCAAAUUACCUAUUUUUUCUAGGAGUUACUCCCUCCGUCCCGUAAUAAAUCACCUUAGUCAAAAACACGCAUAUUAAGAAACCAAUAAUGCAAUGUGAAGUUUGCCAAAUUACCCCUAUAUAAUAAAAAUAAAUUACUUUUACCUUUUGAUUAGAGCAUGCAUAAGAAGUAAACCUUUUGACAUUGGGAAUCCAACAAUACCAAGUUACUAUGUGGCUUUUUCCAAUCAUCAUUUAGAUGUUACUUUAUUGUCUAAUGGUAGAAUUGAAAAAAACUAGUCAAUUUAUAUCUUGGUUUCCUAAGGUGACGCUUAUUAGUGGUUGAUGGGGGAGACAAGAGGGAGUCGCUUGCUGAGAGAACUGAAAACCUCAUGCUUUGCCUCAAGCAACGAUUCCCUGGCCUAACCCAAACUACUUUAGAUGCCAGCAAUAUUCAGCACAACAAGGAUGUAGGAAAGUCCAUCUUAGAGAGCUACUCAAGAGUCCUUGAGAGUUUGGCAUUCAAUAUUGUGGCACGAAUUGAUGAUCUACUAUACGUGGACGACUUAACUAGGCAGUCUGAUAAGCUGUCAGCGAUUGCCCACAAAAAGGUGUCAGCCACCCCAUAUAGAACACCAAACUUUUCACCUGUGCCUCUGAUAAGCCCUGCAAGGGGGGAGAGAACUCCAUUUCUCACUGCAAAUACUAGUAAUAAACUAGCUCGACGUGGCAUCGGAGUAAAGAGAGUCUUGUCAAAUUAUCUCGGCUGCGAAGCAAAGACAAAGAAUUCAUUGGAGGCCUUUGCUUUAUGGGAUAAAAAUAAUUGGCUAAGGUGACACUUAUUAUGAGCAGAGGGAGUAGUAUUUUCUUAAGGGGUGUGCAAAUGUCUAAGUGGACACUCUUUUUGAUCCGAAGAGAGUAAUAGAUAAAGAG